AUGAAUGUAACAGGCUUCUCGCAUCAAGUUGGUGGCCAUUUUGGAAUAUUUACAUGUGGCGGACAUAUUUGUAAACCGUUGAAUUCAAAAGAAUUGGCAUUUUAUAAAGAAAUUGGCGAUCGUUUUGCACCAUUCACGGCGCAGUGUUGUGGUACAAUAAGUAUUCAGCCUCGGAAUUCUCGUGACGAUGGUUUGGUAUUAACUACAGAUAGACCCGUUCUAUGCCAUCCGAAUCCGUCAUCCAGUGAAAAGCAGCUUAUUUUUCGGCUGAAUAAAAAUGGUAGAGUUGAGUCGGAUCAGCAUUUCAAUGAAUGGGCGAAACAGUGUCAGACUAGAUCAGUACAAAAAUUAUUGAAGGGUUACGCAUUGUUUUUGCUCUUAGAAAAUACGGUAUCCCGCUUUUCACGUCCAUCUGUUAUGGAUUUGAAAAUGGGUACACGACAGUACGGGGAUGACGCAACUGAUCAGAAACGACAAUCUCAAACCAAUAAAUGUCGUGAAUCCACAAGCGCUUCCAUUGGGAUUCGGCUGGUUGGAAUGCAGUUAUAUAGGGAAGAAAUUGGCACAUACGUCUAUGUGAACAAAUAUGCGGGCAGACAAAUGACCUGUGAAAUGUUUCGCGAGACAUUAGCUGAAUACUUUAUUAAUGCUGGAAAGAUACGAAGCACUGCACUGCUGAAAAAACUAACCACUCUAAGAAAGCGACUAGCCGAAGCUGAUGGCUAUCGAUUCUUCUCCAGUUCCUUGCUGAUUGCAUUUGAUGGUAAAAAACGCGACGACACAUCUAUUGAUCUGCGAAUGAUUGAUUUUGCUCAUUCAACCUGCUCCACUUUGUUGGAUGAUGUAAGAUAUAUCGGUCCUGAUGAUGGCUACUUGCUAGGAUUGGAUUCUUUGAUUAAUUCGGUUAUGGAUAUCAUUAAUCGAUGCCUAACUUGA